AUGCAUCUGUCGACCCUGUUAGUUGCCAGUGCGGCAUCCGUCCUUCCAUGUCUUGCACUACCCACCGCAUCCACCCAAGGGAACUCCCUUCAAUCCACGGAAGACGCUGUACCUGGAGAGUCAUACUUGUUCACAACCUAUACAGGCAAGAAGACACCACUCGCAGCCAACUACACCCGAGUCAUUCCCCCCACAGACCCCAAUGGAUCCCCUGGCUCGGAUGAUGUCUUCUCAUCCUCGGACUUUACAAAGCUCGGCCUCCCAAACAUCACUUACCAACGAAUCGUCGAAAUCCGCGACAACGAAGCAGGCCACCUCCGCAUCUUCCAGGACCAAAUCUCCAACCACUCGCUCAAACCAGGACCGUGCAAAUACGAAUUCGGCUUCAACAAAUCAACACCUGAGACCUUCCUCGCCCUGCAAGUCUACAUCGAAGUCUCGAGCGAGGCCUUCCUCACCGGCCUCGCGCGCCAAGCUAACCGCAACAUCUCCAAAUCCGCCCUCAUGUCAAUCAGCCAAGUUGAAACCCGCCACAACGUCUGGUCCCUCAUCGACGUCUUCAACACCAGCCCCUUCUCCGGCCCCGCGGAUACCGUAUACCCCUACGCGAACCAGAUUCUCGACACCACAAACGCCUUCGUCGUCCCCGGCUCCUGUCCCAAAGCAAACCCUGUCUAUCCCAAUCCCCGCCAGGGUCUGCCUCUGCUAGCGUUCAGCAAGAACAGCACAACCGCGCGGCCAGGAUCGAAGAUCCAUUUUGUGUUCUCGGAUGCAGACAACCAGCCGCGGUUCGAGGACGACACAGAACGAACCUCGACCAUCCCGGCGCGGUUUGAUCCCGAAUCGAGUAUUAUCAUGGUUAAUAUUGCCGAUCGGCGGGAUGCGCCCACGGAGCAGAGUGUCGUCGCGGGCCCGUUGAUUAUUCUGGAGCAGCCGGGCAAAUUGACGUUGGAGGAGCCGACUGCCGUGUAG